AUGAAAGAACACAUCAUAUUUCAGAGGCUUUAUGGAUUGAUCCUCCUGUCAAGUUUUAUCUUUCUCUCAGAUAUGCUUUCGCUAAAAGGAAAAAGGCUGGAUUUUUACGAAAGGGUUGACACAUAUGUAAGUGUGAACACCACCAUUCCUGAACUCAGCCGAUUCACAGCGUGUAUUGAUCUGACAUUCAUGGAUGACAACUCAAGUUAUUGGAUGGCCUUCUCUUAUAUCACUAAUAACACUCUCCUGAAAAGAGAAAAUAUACACCUUGGACUUGCAGGAGACCACCAGCAGCUAAUAGUACACAAUUUGGGCAAGACCUUUUAUAUCCAUUACCGUCUGACUCCAUUUCAAUGGCAUACAGUAUGCUCGAUAUGGGAUGGUGUGAAGGGCAGAUUAGAGAUCUUCCUGAAUAAAAAAAGGAUACUAGUAGUAAUGGAUCAACCGCAGAACCUGACAUCUAAUGGGAUGCUGGCCCUAGGAAACCUUCUCAAGAAUGGAGACAGCCAGGAUAAGAACGUACCUAGCUUUCCCGGUAGCUUGUACUACUUUCAACUCUGGGAUCACAUCCUGGAAAGCGAGGAGUUUAUGAAGUGUUUAGAUGGCAAUGUAGUUAGUUGGAAAGAAGACGUUUGGCUUGUCAACAAGAUCAUCCCAACUGUUGACAGAAGACUGCGCUGCUUAGUUUCUGAAAAUGUGACAAUUCAAGAAACAAAUACAACUCUUUCACCACAAAUAGAUAUGACAACUCCAACCCGGAUUACUGGACUAGAGCCACAAAACACUGCCAAUUCCUCUACAAUGUUGCCUAAAAGCAUGCCUAUAUUUGCUACUGAUUAUACCACCCUGUCAUGUUCCCAUACAUCUCCACCUCUGGAAACAGCAACUGCACCAGAAAUUUUUAAGACAUUUGUAGCGGAGACAGCUACAUUUGCAGCAGAUGUUCUAUCUACUUCAGCAUCUGUCACUCUGCCUAUCCAGAGUACAUCUACAGACAUUACCACCAAUUCAAUGAAGUUAACUAACUCUCCAUCUUUAGAAAGCACAAGGACAACAAAAAUGGCUGAAGGCAAGGCUACUGAUUCCUUUCAUCCAGCUACAGAUACAAAAUUCCUAUCCACAUUUGGACUUACCAAGAAUCCAAUUGCACCUAAAACUUCAGCAAUUGAAUCUCAGUCAGCUAUUAAGAUGACAACAUCUUUAUUCUCAACUAUUGUGUCAACAUCCAUGUCUACAACAUCUUGGCCCACACACAAAUCCACAGAUAUCGGGACUCUCCCUAUCUCCACAGCUGGCCAGGAGUUUCUUACGUCCACAGCUGCUGAAACUGUACCUUGGUCCACAGUAGAAGAGACUUCAGCUACAACUGCUCACAUUGGGACCGCAUCAGCAUACCCGCCUGAGCCUGGUCCCAUCUCCACAGCUGCUCCAGAAGAUUCUGUAUUUCCUAGAAAUCAGACCACAUCAACAUUGGCAACAACUGAUGUGGAAACAGCAUAUACAGUCCAUUCAGUGACUCUCCCAAAUAGGCCUAUGGAGACCACUUCUGCCUUAAGAACAGCUGAAACAGAAAUGACAUCUACAAAAUUUCAGGAUGUCUUUUCACCCAGAGUGGAAGAUAGCCUGUCUACCUCCAUGCCAAAAGAUACUUCCUCUAUGUCCCUUUCUUUCAUAACAUCCUUUCCAUUUACUGAAACUCAGAGUGUACAGACAGUUAUUGAUGGUGAACCUACACACACAGCCUUGACUUCCAGAAUCACAUAUACACCUAUAAAGGCUGAAACUACACUUUCCCCCACAAUCACAGGACCAGUACAUACGCAGAAUACACCCACAGCUGGUGAACCCAUGCAUACUUUGAUUUCUACUAGAUCAGCUUCCAAAUCCAAGGUUUCUGAGUCAGUUCCCACAUCUGAAGCUGGCUAUCUAUUCUCCACCAAUGAGACCACUUGGACUUCCAGGCCUGACCAGGGCCUUUUGACAUCUAUGAAUACAACCACCACACUUACAUUUGUGCCCAAUGAAACUAUUACAUCAGCAUUUCAUGGGAGUAAUACACAAUGGUCAUCCACAACUACUAAUAUUAUCACUUCACCAGAAGCAGCCAUAGCAAGUGAAGCUACCACUACCAUCAAUGUUACUACAGCCAGUUAUACAGCACCUUUAUCCAACUUGACACCUCCAUGGUUUGCUAAUUUCUCCACAGUUUCUGGAAUCACAUCUGUAACCAAUUUGCCUGAGUUUAAACUUACUACCUUACUUCUGAAAACUAUCCCUAUGUCCACAGUGGCUGUAAAUGAACUUCAUACAAUGCCAAGGGAGACAGCUAUUUCACCGGUAGACACAAUAUCUACUCUUGUCGACAUGAAACCAAAUUUUUCUACUGAAGAAAGUGCUUAUGGAACUACACAAAUACAAACAAAUACAAAUAGCACAAUGGCCUUUGGAGAUCCAACAGUUUCUGUACCAAAGUCUACAGCAAUGCAAAGAUUUAAUGCUACUGCUUCCACUACAAGGCCAUUAGAGACAAGUUUCUCCGCUAUUCCUACAGACAUGACAACUAUGUCCUUGUCUGACAGUAUCUUGCUUUCACAGCCUACAGCUGCUCAUUCCUCAGCAACCCUUAUGCCUGUUACACGUAUGUUCUCAGUGCCAGUUAAUGUCUCCACUGUGGUGUCUGAGGAGACUGAGGGAACCAUGUUUGAGCCUUCUACACUAGCCAGGGUUUUCUCUACAUCUGUGCUCACAGAUAUGUCAAAUCUGUCAUCAACUACAGUGACCACAGCAUUGCUGCCACCAUUGGAUCAGACUGUCUCUAUGACCAGUGAUACCAUGCCUACCCACAGAGACUCUAUUCGUACCACUUUAGAGACCACAGUGAUCUCUUUCAGAAUGACACCCACAGCAGUUCCCUCUCUGACAGAAACUCCACUUGCCUCACUGAAGACCCCUAAUCCUGUGACAGCUAAGGCUGAGACCAUGCCUCCCUCCACCUCAGUUGACAGAGUAACUCCAUCCACACAUAGUCUUGCCUGCUCGAAAUCUCCCCCUAUCAACAUUCCUAUUGCUUCUUCCACUCAUGUGAUCUCAACUCCGUCUACACCAGGAGCAACUCAACCCAUGUCUCAAGUGGAGAAGACAUCUUCCUAUGCUCUCAGAUUUCCAUAUACUUUCAGUGCUAGUGGAGAUGUUGUUAGCGUGGCUACUGGAACCACAGAGACCCUUGUUGUUGAUGAGACCGUGCUCUCACAUACCUCUGCACAUGAGUUUACUACCUCAAUAGAUGGUCACAUUUCUCAAUCUGUUACAGGUCUUGUAAACACACCAAUAUCCAGCCAAUUGGUGACUGGCACCUCAAUUUCAUCUUCUGACAAAGACCAGAUGACCACCUCCCUGGCAAAAACCCCUAGUACUAUGAAGGUGACAGAAACGUUCCCCCCAGAGAAUUCUUUUAUUUCAUAUUCCCAGAGUACUUCACCCUUAGAAAUGACAGACACAGGAUUUUCUGAGACCACAAAAAUUUCCAACCACCAAACACAUUCACCAUCAGAAAUUCCACUUAGGACUACACCUGAUGAGAAUUCAGCUUCAUCUUCCACUUCCAGAAAUACACAGACCACACCUACCUUGACCUCACAUAACACAGAAGAUUUUCACUUUUCAGAAAUGUAUACCAAUAUUGGGAAAACAGCACUUCCUUCACAAGCUCUGUCAAUCACCACUUUUUUGCCUCCUGAAAAAGAAAGCAUGAAUGACCUUUCACUAUAUACUCCCAGGACUGUGGAAAUGAGAGUAAGCUCCACCUCAGUGACUCACCCUGUCUCAUACCGCUGGGAUACUUCAUUUGCAGAUACCACAACUUCCAAGACAACCAGAACAUCAAAUCCUGUGAACAUCAACACAACACUUUCACAUUUGCCUUCACUUAGGACACAGCCUGAGGUGACUUCUGUUGCUUCUUCAAUUUCAGAAAGCACACAGACUUUCCCUGAGUUUGCAUCUCUCUCCACAGUUGGACUAUAUAAUGCCAGUUUUCCAGUGAUUUCUACUGACAGAAUCACUACACCCCUUUUUGUUUCAAAUGUACCUACAACACUUCUUAGAGAAACUUCUAUGGCAACAUCCAUGCCUAUUCACCACAUGUCCUCAUUGCCAGUCAACAUCACUGCCUUUACCUCCAAAAAUGUUCCCGAGAUUCCCACAUUACUAAUAACUAAGUCUUCUAAAACAACACACCCAGAUAGUUUGAAAAGUCCCUCUCUAGCCGCUUCUGGCUCUAUGUCUGAGAUGCCCUCAAUGUCAGUUAAUGAUUCUGCUUUCUCAUCUGCACCAGUUUCUUCUGACAUUUCCACAAUAGCUGGGUCAUUCUCUACUUUAUUGUCUUCAAUUACCCCUAGGACUAGUAUGAUCACACAAAUAGCUACAUUGGACAUCACACCUAUGACAUAUACUGAGCCUACUUCAAAAAGCACAAUGGUGUCCUCUGCUCUCACUACUUCAGAAAUGAUAGAGGUAUCUUUGAGGAUCACACCUCCAUCCUCUUCCUCUCCACCAGAGCCAACUUUUUCCUCUGUAAAACCCAUUCCCACCACUAUUAUGGCUGGGGCAGUGACUCCAUUCGUGAGCGCCACUCCCCCAUAUCCACAUAUUUCUAAGAACACUGAAGCUAUUUCCUCCAUUCCAAAGACCGCAUUUUCACCAUUCCUAUCAACAACUCAACACUCAUCACAAGGAGCUGAGACUACAGUUCUGGGAAUAUUAGAGGGGCUUACUAGCAGCUCUCCACCUGCUAUAAGCAGUAGUAGAAUGGCGGCCAUAACAAAUACUUCUUUCAGAACCACUGUCCCUGAAAAUAUGCGUUCAGCUACUUCUUCAGAUAACAUUCAUACCUCCUUGGAUAUUCAGGUUUCCCCAUCUUUGACUAGCUUUAAGAGCACUCCUGGGCCCAUAAAAACUGUAAAAGCUACCACCACUUAUAUUUCUUUUGAUACAGGAAACAUGACUUCUGUAUCAGAAAAUACUUCCUUAACAAGUGGACUAACAAAAAGUGCUAAGUCUGUGAAUACUCCUGUUUCAUACCCUACAUGGAUUCCAUCCAGUGGAACUCCACUCUCCUUGAAAUCAUUUCCUUACUCACUUCAUGGUACUGAAACCAAGCUCUCCACUCUAAAGCCCUCUGCUUCUCCUAAAUCCCAAAUGGGAUUUUCAGUUCUGGCAACAAAAAUCACAUCUAGUAACACCCAAUCUCUGUUUACAACUUCCUGGAAGACACUGACAGCUAAAGGUUCUCAGUUUCCAAUACCCACUACUACUCAUAGACCUACACCCAUUGAGAUGGAAACAGAGACUCUACACCUUGUUCCUGGACCUUUAUCAACAUCCUCAGCCUCUCAGACUGGUUUAGUAUCUAGAGAUGUUAUGGCAAUGUCAUCAGUUCCCACCACAGGAAUUCUUCCUACCUAUGGGCUUUCUGGGAAUCCUUCAUUAGCAACAUCUUCAAGAGAUAUCCCUACCACUUUGACUGACAUUAAGCCCACAUUUGAGAAAACAACUACAUCUGUAACUCCUGGGACCACACUGCCAUCAACUCCUUCUGGUACCAUUUCACGAUCUAUACUCUCAAAGGCUACUACUUCACCCACACUGACUUGGAUCUUAUCUAGUCUCCCUCUGGCAACUGUAUCUAAUGCUCCUCAUGUUAUAACUUCUUCUCCAGUAGAGGUGUCAAAAUCCACAUUUCUGACUUCUGACACAAUGCCAGCACAUCCAUUCACUAACUUUACAACACUACCUUUUCCUACUGUAAGCACCAUAUUCACCCAAACCACUCCUACACCUCCAAUGGGUAGUAUCACUACUAGCUUCCAAACUUCUCUCCCUAUGUCUAUAGAAAUAACAGAUGACAGUAUAUACCUUUCCACAUCCCCUGAGGCAUCCUCCAGAACCUCUGUGACUACCAACUCCAGGAUUGUGUCUCAACCUCCAACUUUUCGUGGAAUGAGUAUGUCACCUUCUAUAACCAAGCACACUCACUCUAUUGGUUCCAUGCCUCUGCCUAGGCCUACAGUAUCAUCUGAAUGGAACAGAAUUCCAACUGCAUCAACACACCCUACUUUAAUUUUUUCUGAGCCCACACCGGACUCCCUAAAUGUGAUCGCUACCACAUCCACAGCUUCUAGAGUCUCAUUUCCACUCAAAUUCACCAGAAUGACACCUCCUUCUACAACAAAUGUGUCUUCACUAGUAUCUUCCUAUUUUGAGACAAGCUGGCUGGACACCACACCUUCCUUUGUAUCUACAGAAGCAUCAACUUCACUUAUUGCUGCUGAGUCCACAGUUUCCUUCUACAAUACUGAAAUGAGCUUCUCUGUCUUUGAUGAAGAGUCAAGGAUCCUUACUACCAGGGUUAUAAAUGAAUUUACAAAAAAUUGGUUGAAUUCUGCAUUUCAGGACAGUGAGUUUUUGGUUGCUAAUCUGGCCAUCCAAAUUAAAAGCAGAGACAUUUUGGAAGAAGAGACAGCCGUGGAUCGAGCUAUUUUCGAACAGAGAGAAGGGCAAGCAAUGACUACAAUCUCCCAUGUACUAUACAGUUGCAUUGGCCAGGUCAUCAUAAAAGCCAACUCUUCCUUAGGACCCAGUGAAUUAAUUAGCAGCAUCAAAAAUAAAAUACAUGGCAACGUCACGCAUAGAAACUUCACAGGAGAUCAGUUGACGUUAUUAGUCAAGUCUGAACACGUUGCAGUGAAAAAACUAGAUCCAGGAAAGUGUGAAGUGGAUGAAACAGCCUCUAAAUACAAAGGGACAUAUAAGUGGCUAGUAACCAACCCGACUGACACAGCCCAAACCAGAUGCAUAAAAAAUGAGGAUGGAACCGCCACCAGAAUCUGUUCAAUCAGCAUCAACACAGGCAAAUCUCAGUGGGAAAAACCAAGGUAUAAACAAUGCAAAUUGCUUCAAGAACUCCCUAACAAGAUUGUGGAUCUUGCUAAUAUUACCAUAAGUGAUGAGAAUGUAGACGAUGUUGCAGAGCACAUUUUAAAUUUGAUAAAUGAAUCCCCACCUCUGGACAAAGAAGAGACAAAGAUUAUCAUUUCUAAAGUAUCUGAUAUUUCACAAUGUGAUGAGAUAAGUAUGAACCUAACUCAGAUCAUAUUACAAAUAAUCAGUGCUGUUUUGGAAAAACAAAAUGAGUCAGCCUCUGAUCUGCAUGAAGUAAGCAACGAAAUUCUGAGGAUAAUAGAGCGUGCUGGUCAUAAGGUGGAGUUUUCUGGAAGUGCAGCAAAUCUGAUGGUGGCCGGGUUGGCUUUGUCUGUGCUGCGAGUGGACCACACAUUUGAAGGCAUGACCUUCAGCAUUCGCUCCUAUAAAGAAGGCACAGACCCUGAGAUAUACCUAGGCGAUGUUCCUCUGGGAAGGACUUUGGCUUCCAUAUAUUUGCCUAAAUCACUGAUGAAAACAAUUCCUCUAAACAACUUACAGACCAUCUUGUUUAGUUUCUUUGGCCAAACUUCACUCUUUAAGACCAAAAACUUCACUAAAGCCUUAACUACAUAUGUUGUGAGUGCCAGCAUUUCAGAUAUGUCCAUUCAAAACUUGGCUGACCCUGUGGUUAUCACUCUGCAGCAUAUUCAAGGAAACCAGAAUUAUGAUCAAGUUCAUUGUGCCUUUUGGGAUUUUGAGAAUAACAAUGGGCUAGGUGGAUGGACUUCAUCAGGUUGUAAAGUAAAGGAAACAAACAUAAAUCACACAAUCUGUCAGUGUGACCACCUCACCCAUUUUGGAGUGUUAAUGGAUUUAUCCAGGUCUGCAGUGGAUGCAGUGAACGAACGGAUAUUAGUGCUUAUAACCUACACUGGAUGUGGAAUAUCCUCCAUUUUCCUGGGAAUUGCAAUGGUGACAUACAUAGCUUUUCACAAACUUCGAAAAGAUUGUCCUUCCAAAAUCUUGAUCAACCUGUGCACAGCGCUGCUGAUGCUAAACCUGGUAUUUCUGGUCAAUUCCUGGCUGUCAUCAUUUCAGAAAGUGGGACUUUGUAUCACAGUUGCAGUGGCACUUCAUUACUUCCUGCUCGUUUCUUUGACGUGGAUGGGCCUGGAGGCAGUCCACAUGUAUUUUGCUCUAGUCAAAGUCUUCAACAUAUAUAUUCCAAAUUAUAUCCUUAAGUUUUGCCUGGUUGGUUGGGGAAUGCCAGCGAUCAUGGUGGCAAUUAUAGUCAGUGUGAAAAAAGAUCUGUAUGGAACUAUGAACCCGACAACUCCAUUUUGUUGGAUUAAAGAUGAUUCUAUCUUUUACAUCUCCGUGGUGGCUUAUUUUUGCCUCAUAUUUCUCAUGAAUUUCUCCAUGUUUUGCACUGUGCUUGCUCAAGUGAAUUCCAUGAAAUCCCACAGCCAGAGGACUUGGUGGAAGAUGAUCCUGCACGAUCUCAAAGGCACAAUGAGCCUGACGUUCCUGCUUGGCCUCACAUGGGGGUUUGCCUUUUUUGCCUGGGGACCUGUAAGGGUCUUUUUCUUGUACCUUUUUGCUAUUUUUAACACUUUGCAAGGGUUCCUCAUCUUUGUGUUUCACUGUGUGAUGAAGAAGAGUGUGCGGGAGCAGUGGCAGAUGCACCUCUGUUGUGGGUGGUUGCGACUGGAUAACUCUUCUGAUGGGAGCAGCUGGUGUGGGAUAAAUAUUGGGUAUAAACAGGAAGGACUAAAGAAAACCUUUGAGCACAAACUGUUGACACCAUCCCUCAAGUCGACUGCAACAAAUUCCACUUUCAAAUCUUUAGGCUGUGCACAAGGCAUUCCUUCAGAAAUAAGCUUCCCACAUGAAUUUUCUUAUGCUGCUACUACAUGCAAAGUUCCUGAUGCCACAGCUGAAAAUGUUCUUUAUUCCUUUAAUGGAGAUGACCUCGAUGAAGCUCCCUACUAUUCUCUCCCUUGAGUUGUGAAAUUGGACCUAAUUAUGUAAGAAGUCUAUCACCUGUGGAAAUCAAAAUGCAUUCCAUUCACAAACAAAGCUUUUUUCCAAUAAAUCCCAACAGAGAUUCUUACCUCCCUCCAU